AAAGAUUUACGCAACCUCACAUUCGCUCAAGCCCUCCCGACUUUGACACGUUUGGCACAGGACGAGACGUUCCUUGCCGCUCUUUUGCAGCUUAAACGGGACCAAGAUGCUCUGGAGGAUGAACUCCUCGCUGGAAGGCUGAAGCUUACGGGGGAACGUGGCGAACACUUGCGAGGUCCAGGUUCUGCGCUGGUCCAGGCGAAUGCUGCUGCAUACGAUCGCAAGAUCCUAAAGCGUUGGGACGAACUGAGGAGCAGUCAGCAGAAGCAUCUGCAAGAAUUAGGCGUGCCUUGCUUCUUUUGUUCGACACACAAAGCAGAUAUUGCCAGACAGGAGCGCGUCAUGCAGCUUCUCGGCGGCCUGCUCGAGUAA